AGUUUGAUCUUUGUCAGUUUGUUGUUAUUGGUCUUUGUUUCCAGCUGCUAGCCAGUCAAGCCUUUGUUAUUCUUUUUCGAGCUUCAGUUCCAGUUGCCUUAUACCAGUUUAGGCUUCAGUUUCCAGUCAGUCGCCUCCUUGUUUCCCUAUGUGCAUACUUGUGACAGUACAAGCUCACCACGGUUAAGAGAGAUCUUUAUCACCCGAUAACAAUCUAUACACUGACUUUUGCACAAGCUCUUUGUGUGCAGUCUCCACCAGGAUCUCUGAGGAUGACUCUUGUUUGGUGGGAUGCUGGCAGUAAACAUCACGAUCCACAGCUCUCUCAUCACAGGCACAUUAGGAGGGGAGGCCCUUCUGUCUGUCCGCUACAUCAGUUUCAGCCCCGAUCCGGCGGUCAUCAGGUGGCAGCUGAAGAGGGAAAAGCCUGUCACCGUGGUUCAGUCCAUUGGCACCGACAUCAUUGGGAACCUGAGGCCUGAGUACCGCGACCGCAUCCUGGUGUUUGAGAAUGGAACUCUGCUUCUCCACAACCUCCGAUUCUCUGAUGAGGGAACGUAUGAAGUCGAGAUCUCCAUCACAGAUGAUACCUUUAUAGGGGAGGGCAGCAUCACGCUCACUGUGGAUGAGUCCAUAUCCAGGCCCUAUAUCCACAUGGAGUCCUCGUCAGUGCUGGAACUAAGCAAGAACUUCAUCCUCAACUGCUCCCAUGAGAACGGAACCAGGACUACAUACAGUUGGACAAAAGGUGGGAAACCACUGGCCACUGAGAAGCGGUUCCUCUUGUCACCUGACCAGAAGCAUUUGACCAUCACACAGGUGUUGAUGGCAGAUGAUGACAUCUACAGCUGCACAGUGGAGAAUCCUGUAGGCAGCAUGACGAGCCUGCCUAUCAAACUGACUGUCUACAGGAGGAGUUCCCUGUAUGUCAUCCUUUCUACUGGAGGCAUCUUCGUCCUUAUCACCUUGGUAACUGUGUGUGCCUGCUGGAAGCCCUCCAAAAAGUCAAGGCAUCGUGUUAGAAAGCCUCUUUCAAAGUUGUAUGACAACUCUCAGCAUCCACCCAUCAGUAACUCAGUGGACAUGCUUCCAAAAAUGACAGAGCAUGAAGGAAAGAAUGCAGUAUCACUUUACAUCCUACAGGACAAGGACUCCUCACAGGAUGACUCAUCUAGCAACAGCGGCGUCUCUCCCUCUGAACCUGGCAGCCCACCCAGCUACACCAGUUCCUACACAAGAUCCUUCACUCCCUCCAUCCAGCCUGUGAACCCCCCCGCCCGGUCCUCCCUCAGAGCACCAUGGCCUCGGACGUGGAGGUGGUGAUCUUCAUUUCGACCGCUUCACACUCGGCUGCAAACUGCCCCAGUGCAUGCUGGAAGUUGCAACCAACAGGACCACAUUGUCUGCAAAAAGCAGAUGCAACCCUGAGGUUGCCGUACUGGACACCCUCCAUGUGACUGCACCUUGAAAAUCUGUUCAUGAAAAUCACAAACAGAGCUGAUGUCCCUGCGAGGGCAAAGAGCUGAUCCACUCUUCCACAACCAGGACGGACCCAGUGAUCCCACCAUCACCCGGACUCUUCCUCCCAGCACCAAGGCAUUAGCUUUCCUGGGAAGGAUAAGCAGUGUGAUACCCCAAUAAUUAUAGCACUUUCUGCAGAGGUGAUCUUUUUUUAAAAAUGGAGAUUUCACUGAUGAGAUCUUGUGGCUUGAAUAUUGGCUUACCUAACUUCUGUCCAAAUAGUUUUUUUGUAGAAUAACACAAAUUGUCAGUAUGAUUUUAUCUUUAUUAUUAUUGUUGUUCUUUUUCAAAAUGAUUUGAUUAUGAACAGUCUUUGAACAUUGGAAUAUUUUUUGAACGAAGGUGGUCAUUUACUAACAACGUGUUUCUAAAUGUAAAGUACCAGUUGCACCCAAGCGAUAUACUAUUGUUUUGAUGCUCUAUUUCAAGAGGUUUCAGUUUCUUAAAAAUCUUUCACAUUGAUGAAGACUGGCAUAUUCAAACACACAUUCCUAAAGAGCGGUGUUCUAACUUUUUUCAGUUCGAUUUUUCAUCUUUUCUGUAUGCAU